AUGCUGUCAGAACCAACGCCCAAAGAAAAGAGCAUCUGGCAGUCGCUAUUGGACUCCACGGAUGAGGCUUCUCCAACGCGAUCCUCGACCAAAAAGACAUUGUUCCUUCUAGGGGGCGAUGAAAGCGCCCAGGCCUUGUUUGUGGACAACUACUUGUGCAAGCUCCAUAUCUCCGAGAGAGCCAAUACCGAGGCCUCGGUAAAGGUGAAACACCCGGGUUUCUACAACGAGCUCGGGGUGUCGUACCACUACAUCCAGUACUUUCUUUCCAGUACUCCAAACUACCAAUCAAAAACCGCGCUCGAACUUAUGCUUCACUUGGACGUAUACGCGGUGGAUCAGCGUUCAAUCACACGGUCACCAAGCAACAUUGCUGCCAUGCUACGAGAGGUGUGUUGUGGGAAGGUCCGGGAUUUGUUGGUGGUUCCGCUUCUAGAUUGGGCCCUGAAUCCACAAUCCUUCUUACAAGACCUCCGCCAGAGCAUCCAUGGGGUUGUGGCACCGAUUUUUGCGGAGCAUAAUGACGUUUCCCUUCGUGCCAGAAAGCAGGAAAUGGACAUUUUUUUCAGCGAUAGCGUCGAUAUGUACCUUUCAAAAGACUUGCGGGACAUGAAGCUCCUGGAAGCUGCCGACUCUGAUAACCAGGGACGCCGCACCGCGCUGUUUCCGUGCAAUAUGCUCCUUGUGGCGGUUAAUGCCGAGGACACUGAGCGUGUGGAGCGCGUGUGGAGCUCCACUAUUGUCGAGUAUAUUCAGAUCGUGUUGCGAAUCGCCUCCCUUGCGGUAGGUGGAUCUCUUUGCUACUUGCACUCGCAGCCAACCUUGGCCCGGAAUGUGACCCAAUUCAACGCUUUGAUGCAUCAUUUACUAGGAGUGAGUCUGACUUUCCGUGAGAUCCAGGCGGUUAGCAAGCCAGAGCCGGUCUUGAGCGAGCUGGAAUUGAUCAUUCCCGUCGGCUGGGACUCACUCCGAAAAAUGGGCAUUGCCGUCCUGGAAAGCCCUCAGCUCGACCAGAUGAUCGGUGAGACCAGCGAAGCGUCGCGGUUAUGGGUGGAUAUGGUAACCCGGGGUGAGGCAAACAGUCUUUCAGAAGCAUAUGCCGGAUUUGUUCCAGGGCUGACUGACAUGGCGACACUGCCAAUCGAAACGGUUCCCGACAACCAAGUUCAGCAGAGCAACCAGGAACAAUACCAGAGCUUCUUACACAAGCUCUCGCUCAUGGCACAGAGUUCCGCUGCCGAUUUCUUACCCGCCAGCGACAUAACCGAGACCGACGAACACGAUAUAUUACGAGAAAUUUCGGAGCGCCGGGUAGCCGGGUUUACCAGCACACCAGAUGAGCAUUCGAAGAGCGACAAGGAGUUGGCGGCGGGCUACUUUGACAAGUUGGUCACCAACAGCGAGAUUUAA